GUUGCUUGCCACGCCUAAAGUAGGGGGGUGGGAGCCUCGUUCGCCAGUCGCCGUCGAUUCGCGUAUAGAGUUAGCGUUCGAAACGUUAAAACCUCUUUUGUGAAAAAUUUUCAUUAAUCUGUCAAAAUUUCUAUUGUCUAUAGUCGAUUUCUUAUCUGCAUUUUUUCCUAUUUGCCGCGCAUUUUUGACGUUUGAUGUUUUUUUUCUAGUGAAAAUUUUUCGGACGCGAUUUUUUUUUUCGUUUCAAGUGUUAGUGUUUCUGUGUGUGGUAUCCUAUGGACUGUUUUGUUAUGUUUUUCCAAUGAGAAAAUUAUUGUAACUAUGAAGGAUCGUUUUACGUAGUGCUUCAAGUGGGAUUUUUUAGAAACAUGGCGUAAAUUCCCCAAAACAAGAUGGCUGCUGUAUCGUCAGCCCACAUCCAAGACUCGAGGAUCAAAAUACAAGACCACAGUGAUGAUGAACCGUACUCCCCCAACACACGAGACACAACCAGCCCAGAGUACCAUGACGAGGAGAAAACAGAAGAAAGACCGGUACUGUCAUCCUCUUUCGCCAUACAUAAUGUCCUAAAGAAAGAGCGAGACAGUCAUAGUCCAGAAAAUGUCUUCUCAACAGACAAGCUACUACAGAACACUCCUAAUUACGAAGAUUUACGAGAGGUUAACGAAAAUUCACGAACUUCUGACAUCAUUGAUGAUGAUGAUGAUCAGACGAACGAAUCCAGGGCUGAAAUUAGUAUAGACGAUAACUCUUGUUGUAGCGAUGAUACUGUUCUUUCGGUUGGCAAUGAAGCGUUGCCAACUUUCGAACAGAAAGGGCCAGAGACGUCGCAGAACUUGACUUCAUUCAAGCACAUACAGACGCAUCUAAACGCCAUAUCACAGUUGAACCAAAAUAUAAAUAUGAACCAGCCACUCCUCCUAAGGCCAAGCCCGAUCACUCCAAAUCCUUUAAUGUUCCUAAACCAACCGCUUCUCUUUCAAAAUCCCCUAAUAAACCAAGUAGACUUAAAAUCAGGCUUGCAAAGUCGGAUGCCGGUAGCACAAAACAAUUUGAACUUAAAUCCUCAGCCUUUCGGUCUAAAUUUCGGGUUACGGAUGAAGAACCAGACCCAAGAAUUAAGAAGGACGGAUGAGAACAGAAGAAUGAACUAUGCCUCCCCAAAAUCCCCAGAAAAUGAGUCAGGGAGGGACUUUAUUAACCAGAAUUGUUUGAAAUUUAGUAUAGACAAUAUACUUAAGGCUGAUUUUGGGAGGAGGAUUACGGAUCCUCUGAAUAAGAGGAAGAUGAAGACGAGGGUUGAGGCUAAAAUGUCUCCUGUGAAGGAGGCGUCUCCUUCGAAGCCUGAAGAGGCAAGAGUUCCUGAAGUGAAGCCAGGAGAAAAGAGUGGAGCUAUAGACUUGUCGAAAGGUGAAGAUAGUGGGAGCAGUCAGAGUUCGGCUACUGGUACGACGAUGGGAGACGGCGCCAUGGUCUGGCCGGCGUGGGUCUACUGUACUAGGUACAGUGAUCGACCCAGUUCCGGUCCCAGGACGCGAAGACCUAAGAAGCCCCCUGGGGACAACGCAGUACCUGACGAAAAGAGACCCCGCACUGCAUUCUCUGGACCCCAACUCGCAAGGUUAAAGCACGAGUUCGCAGAAAACCGCUAUCUAACAGAGAGAAGACGACAGAGCCUGGCAGCAGAGCUCGGCCUGGCGGAGGCUCAGAUCAAGAUCUGGUUCCAGAACAAGCGAGCCAAGAUCAAGAAGGCGUCUGGCCAGAGGAACCCACUGGCUCUACAGCUCAUGGCACAAGGCUUGUAUAACCACAGCACUGUACCUCUGACGAAGGAGGAAGAAGAGCUGGAGAUGAAGGCGAGAGAGAGAGAACAGCAGUUGAAUAGAGUUUAG